UUUCAUCGAGUCUGGCCUUGGACGUCCGGCGAUGACGAGCACGGUGCUGCGUUCGAUGCGAGAGCGCGUAGCUGCGUGGGCGCGGUUGAUCCGCCGAGGCUGGUUGCCGGCGACUACCACGUCGAGCGAGCACGUCGACGACGAAGCCCCCGGCAACGGGCCGCCAAACCUGCGGGCAGGAAAUGAACUGACGGAAGCACCUUUCAUCUUCAGCAUGAAAUACAUCCAGACUGCCGCUGGCGCGUUUAAUCUCACAGAAACAGUGGUACAGCAACUCUUAUACCAUUGCGUGGGAAGCGUCGUCUUCCUGGUGUGCGGCAUCUACGUGCUCGCCCGAUACUUCAACGCUUCCAACGCUAUUGUCGCGUCAGUGGUGUCCCUGGUCAGCGCUGCCCUGCACCUGGCAAACGCCAUCUACGUCUACAGGGGCGACUUCCAACGCAUGAUGGACGCCUUCUGAUGAACUGUGGUCUCCCGCACAGUGACACCAUUGACUUUGCCGAUACCAUCUUAUCCGUCUGCCUUUACGCAGGCAGUAUUAACCCCAGUUAAUAUUAAUUUACCACGUAAAUGUUCGCUCAUUCCUCGUUAAAAGUGCUCAUCACUUUGUGUUUAUUGAUUUCACACACGUAUCGCAUCAUGACUUAGAAAACGUAAAAAUGAUAACGCUAUUUUGCUGUUUGAAAGGUUUAAUAUAUCCAAAAAUGAAUGAAGCCGCGAUAGGGAAAUUCUUAAAGUAACAAAAGAAUGGAUCAUAAUUUAUUCCGCGUAAUUACAUUUGGAAACACUGUGCGGUGAUUUAAUAUGGGCGUUGAACUACUAAAGAGAAAGAAAAAUGGCACUCAAUGUCAUCAAAUAACGGAGUAAUGUAGGAUAGCAUGUUAUUACGGAUAAGGUUUCUAGGAAACGGUAUACAACAGCAUAAAAGCACAAGUCAUCCCAAAAAGAUAUCAAACCACAAGAGAAAACACACUGAAACGUUGUACAUU